AUGAACACCAAGUUAGGGUGGACAGUUAUUGGAAGAUCAGGAAUUAAUAAAAAUGAUACUUCCAGCACGCUAAUGUCGCUACUUGUCAACGACGUAAAUAUAUCCGAUCUUUGGAGGCUUGAUACAUUGAAUAUCAAUGACCCUGCGGAAACUCAAAGUAGAAAAGAACUAGAAGAAGGAGCUAAGGAACAUUUUGAACGCAGUGUAACACGAGAUAACGAGGGGCGCUACAUUGUCAGUCUACCGUGGAUACAUGAUCAUCCACCUCUUCCUGAUGGCAGAAAGAUAGCUGAACGAAGACUUAACAGUUGUAUUAAAGCCUUAGAACGUGCCGAAAAGCUGGCCGAUUAUGAUGAUGUUUUUCAGGAUUGGCAGAAUGAGGGUAUUAUUGAAGAAGUUGAUCCUAUGCAAGAAAUCAAAGAAGGACAGCAUUUCUUACCUCACCAUCCUGUCUUCAAGGAGAAUUCGACGACCAAAGUUCGACCCGUUUUUGAUGGUUCAGCUAAAGAAAAGAAUACACCUUCUAUUAAUGACUGCCUCGAAAAGGGACCAAAUCUUGUAGAACUCAUUCCAUCUCUCAUAAAUCGCUUUCGUAUUGGAAAAUAUGGAGUGAUAUCUGACAUCAAGAAGGCCUUUCUGCAAAUUGGAUUACAAGAACGAGAUAGACCAUAUCUCAGAUUUUUAUGGAAGGAUAGAAGAAAAAAUGGAAAUAUCAAGAUCCUGCAGCACAAAAGAGUUGUGUUCGGAAUUUCCUCCAGUCCUUUCCUUCUAGGAGCUACAUUAGAACUUCAUUUAAAAAAUAAUUUAGAGAUUGUUCGUGUUGGAAUAAUAACAAAGUAA